ACUCCGCGAGGGGCUGGAGCAAAGGAGGCGGCGAGGAAACAACGAGAAAGUAGCUGAAGUGAGCAAGAACUUGUGUUGCUCCGGGACCAACGCCGAACUAGGAACCGUGACCCAUAAACGAGGCCGUGCUGUGCGUUUUUCGAUGUACUCCAGAGCUCGAAAGUUUCCAGGUUUCUGCCGUGGCUCUUCCCUUCUGGCGCGUGUCGCGUAUCGUCAGAACACAGGAGAUCCGCUCAAACACAUCAGGAAGUUGAACGCUGAUCGGCGAGCAGCCCGUUAAGUCCGCGCCGUGAAGAUUUGUUCGGUGUCAGUACAUGGAUACUCUCAGGACGGACCCUAGAGCUCAGGCGAUCCUCUGUGGUGCCGUUUGAGGAGAUCUGGUGCUGUUUUAGCUGUGAUGAUAGCACCACUGGACCUUGACUGACGUGCCUCAGCUGCUGCUUGAAGAAACCGCUACCUCUGAAGUGCCGGCGUAAAGGUUCUGCAGAAUGUGUCACGUCAUAGUCACAUGCCGCUCUAUGUUAUGGACCUUGAUGAGCAUUGUGGUGGCAUUUGCUGAGCUGGUGGCAUUUAUGAGCGCCGAAUGGCUAGUGGGGUAUCCAGAUGGCUCUGAGUUCAACUUCACCAUCACCGCUUCACACCGCAGCGACCAGCGCACCUUGGGCAUUUAUAACCGCUGCAUCAAGGUGGCACAGCAGAAGGUGGUCCAGUGUGGGGCCUAUGCCACAGACUUCAUGGAAAUAGCCAGUGGCUUCUGGCAGGCCACCGUUAUAUUUCUAGUCGUUGGAAUAUUUCUCCUAUCCCUAGUGGCCAUCCUUUCGGUUUUCAGCAUGUGCUUCCAGAGCAUCUUGAAGAAGAGCAUAUUCAACGUGUGUGGCCUGCUUCAGGGAAUAGCAGGUCUAUUCCUCAUCCUCGGUCUGAUGCUGUAUCCUGCAGGCUGGGGCUCUAAGAAGGUGGUUGACUACUGUGGCCCGGAUGCUUCCCCAUAUAAAGUGGGCCUGUGUUCUCUGGGCUGGGCUUUCUACACCGCAAUAGGAGGCACUGUUCUCACUUUCAUCUGUGCCAUGUUUUCGGCCCAGGCUGAGAUCGCCACCUCCAGCGAUAAGGUCCAGGAUGAGAUUGAAGAGGGACGGAGUCUCAUUUGUGUGCUGUGAGAUGCGAACACAAACCACUCGGACGAAAAAGAAUCAUUUGUUUUCCAUGUUUACUGAUUGAAAUGACUAUUGCAUAAAUGGGAAUGUAUUUCAGACCGGUUGGGUCUACCGAUCAAGGACUUUAUAGCGCAUUUGCUUAUGCCUUCUUACUCGCAUGUCAUCCUAUCGCUGCAUCGCCGUUACAAAGUAUAUGCAUAACACAUUCUUUUUAUGAAAAAACCUUUUGAAACUAACAAAUGCAUUAACAUUGUGUUUGCAAACAAAUGCAUUUUAUCAGUAGUUUGAUUUUGUGUUACUAAAUUUUACGUGGACUUCUUACUAAUAGCUGGAGCUAAGCAGUUGUUUAUAGAAUGGUAUGCUAAAAAGAAGUAUAUGUUACUACCCUGUGAUAGACCUAGUCUCUUUAAAUGUAAAAUAAAAAAUGAUUAUCGAAUUUAAAAGGUGUUUGAGGCUCUUUCCGCCUCUAAUUCACGGUGCACGUUCACUGAGAACUAACUGCCCGUAUAUGAGAAGCUGAUUGCAUGAUACAUUGAACUGUUUUUGAGUGCAGAUAUUUUUUCAUCCAUCAACAGUGGCUGACACGGCCAAAUGGACUAAAAAGGACAAAUAAAGUGCCUGUUGUAAAAGCGA